AUGAAACCCUUGUCUCUCCUGCUCUGCGCCGUCCUCUGCGCGGCUGCUCCUCCGCACCCCGCAUCUCCGCAGGCGCCUCUCGCAGAUAUCCCAACGAUCGUGGGCGAGACUCUGACAGAGUUUAGCCAAAACUCUCCAGACGACAUUGUAAAUGCCUCCCCUCUACUCUCAUUCCAUCGAGACCUCGUCUCGAUCGAGUCCAUCUCCGGAAACGAGGGCGCAGCCGGCGCCUUUGUGGCUGAUUUCCUGGAAUCCCACAACUUCACCGUGAUCAAGCAGCCCGUCACCACGGAAUCGGAUGCACGCUUCAACAUCUUCGCCUUCCCCAAGUCCCAUUCCCUGGAUGAGUCGCGCCCGAGCCAGGGCCCCCAGAUCCUCCUCACCAGCCACAUCGACACCGUGCCCCCCUUCAUCCCGUACUCGCUGCACCGCGAUGCCAACGACACCGACGACAGGAACAUCCUCAUCGCCGGCCGCGGCACCGUAGACGCCAAAGGCAGCGUCGCGGCCCAGAUCUUCGCCGUCCUCGACACCCUCGCCGCCCAGCCCGCCGCGCCCCUGGGCCUCCUCUUCGUCGUCGGCGAGGAAACCGGCGGCGACGGCAUGAAGGCCUUCUCGCGGUCUGCGCGCCUCAAUCCCUCCCCGAGCCCCUUCCACACCGUCAUCUUCGGCGAACCGACCGAGCUGGCCCUCGUCGCCGGCCACAAGGGCAUGCUGGGCUUCGAGGUCGUCGCGCACGGCCACGCCGCCCACUCCGGCUAUCCCUGGCUGGGCGAGAGUGCCAUCUCCGCCAUCCUGCCGGCGCUGGCGCGCGUGGACCGCCUGGGCGAUAUCCCCGCCGACGAGGGCGGCCUGCCCGCCAGCGACAAGUACGGUCGCACGACGGUCAACAUCGGGCGGAUGGAGGGCGGCGUCGCGGCGAACGUGGUGCCGAGCUCUGCGCGCGCGCGCGUCGCCGUGCGGCUGGCGGCGGGGACGGACGACGAGGCGCGCGAGAUUGUGCUCAAGGCCGUCCGGGACGCGACGGGCGGCGACGACCGGGUGGUCGUCAACUUUAGUCUGGAGGGGUAUGGCCCGCAGGAUUUGGAUACCGAUGUUCCCGGGUUCAACGUCACCACUGUCAACUACGGGACCGACGUGCCGAACCUGCAGCUCCAUGCCCGUCCGGAUGGCAAGGUCAAGCGGUACCUGUAUGGGCCGGGGAGUAUCCACGUUGCGCAUGGCGAUGACGAAGCAUUGACCGUCGCGCAGCUCGAGGAGGCCGUGCGCGGGUAUAAGAAACUGAUCCAGGCGGCGCUGGACCGGUCGACCUCAUAG